CCGGCGGGUCCCUGGCUGGCGGCCGGCGGUCACGCUGCGCGGCGCCGCCGCUUCGCCUCCGCGCCGGGGCCGAGCCGGGUCGCGCCGCGCCCGGGAUUGGCUGCGCGGCCGCCUCGUCCCAGAAUGCAGCGCAUGGCGCGUCAUUGAAGAGAGACCAUGAUGGCGGCGGCCGCGGCAGCGGGGGGGGCCCCCGAGGUGAUCGCCCAGCUGGAGAACGCGGCCAAAGUGCUGAUGGCACCACCUUCCAUGGUCAAUAAUGAACAACGCCAACAUGCCGAGCACAUAUUCUUAUCAUUUAGAAAAUCAAAAUCACCAUUUGCUGUUUGCAAACACAUUUUGGAAACUAGUAAAGUGGACUAUGUCCUUUUUCAAGCUGCCACAGCGAUAAUGGAAGCAGUUGUAAGAGAAUGGAUUCUCUUGGAAAAAACUAGCAUUGAGUCCCUGCGAACAUUCCUUCUAACCUAUGUCUUACAAAGGCCUAACCUUCAGAAGUACGUUCGGGAGCAGAUUCUCUUAGCAGUAGCGGUGAUAGUGAAACGGGGAUCAUUAGACAAAUCAAUUGACUGCAAAAGCAUUUUUCAUGAAGUCAGCCAGCUGAUCAGCAGUGGUAACCCCACUGUGCAAACUUUGGCCUGUUCCAUUUUAACGGCGUUGUUGAGCGAGUUCUCAAGUUCAAGUAAAACCAGCAACAUUGGACUAAGCAUGGAGUUCCAUGGUAACUGUAAACGUAUAUUUCAGGAGGACAAUCUGCGGCAGAUCUUCAUGCUCACGGUAGAGGUACUUCAGGAAUUCAGCAGACGGGAAAACCUCAGUGCUCAGAUGUCUUCAGUGUUUCAGCGUUAUCUUGCACUAGCCAAUCAGGUCUUAAGCUGGAACUUCCUUCCUCCAAAUUUGGGCAGACAUUAUAUAGCUAUGUUUGAAUCCUCACAAAAUGUGAUGCUAAAGCCAACAGAAUCCUGGCGUGAGACCCUCCUGGACAGCAGAGUUAUGGAGCUUUUCUUUACAGUACAUCGAAAAAUCAGAGAAGAUACAGAUAUGGCCCAAGAUUCAUUACAGUGUCUGGCACAGCUGGCGUCUUUGCAUGGGCCAGUCUUUCCUGACGAAGGUUCACAAGUUGAUUACCUGGCACACUUCAUUGAGGGAUUACUGAAUACGAUCAAUGGAAUUGAAAUAGAAGACUCUGAAGCAGUGGGAAUUUCCAGUAUUAUCAGCAACCUGAUAACCGUAUUUCCUCGCAAUAUUUUAACUGCCAUUCCAAAUGAACUUUUCUCUUCAUUUGUUAACUGCCUUGCGCACCUCACGUGUUCUUUUGGAAGAAGCGCUGCCUUGGAAGAAGUGCUUGACAAAGAUGACAUGGUAUAUAUGGAAGCAUAUGAUAAGUUGCUGGAAUCUUGGCUUACUUUGGUACAAGAUGACAAACAUUUCCAUAAAGGUUUCUUUACCCAACAUGCUGUUCAGGUCUUUAAUUCCUACAUUCAGUGCCAUCUAGCUGCUCCUGAUGGUACAAGGAAUUUGACUGCCAAUGGUGUGGCCUCUCGGGAAGAAGAAGAAAUAAGUGAACUGCAGGAAGAUGACAGAGACCAGUUCUGUGACCAGUUGGCCAGCGUAGGCAUGCUGGGGAGAAUUGCUGCAGAACACUGUAUACCUCUGCUUACAAGUUUAUUAGAAGACCGAGUGACGAGGCUCCAUGGGCAGUUGCAAAGACACCAGCAGCAGUUACUCGCCUCACCGGCAUCAGGCACAAUUGACAAUAAAGUGCUUGAUGAUUUGUAUGAGGAUAUUCAUUGGCUUAUUUUAGUCACAGGCUACCUCUUGGCUAAUGAUACUCAGGGAGAGACUCCGCUAAUACCUCCAGAAGUAAUGGAAUACUCCAUUAAACAUUCAGCUGAGGUUGACAUCAAUACAACACUUCAGAUUCUGGGAUCUCCAGGAGAAAAGGCCUCUUCCAUCCCAGGGUACAACAGAACUGAUUCUGUAAUUAGGUUGUUGUCUGCUAUUUUAAGAGUGUCAGAAGUAGAAUCCAGAGCAAUAAGGGCAAAUCUCACACACCUCCUGAGCCCCCAGAUGGGCAAAGAUAUUGUAUGGUUCCUCAAGCGCUGGGCAAAGACUUACCUCCUAGUAGAUGAAAAGCUGUAUGAUCAGAUAAGUCUGCCAUUUAGUACAGCAUUUGGUGCUGAUACAGAGGGUUCCCAGUGGAUUGUGGGUUACCUUUUAGAAAAAGUGAUCAGUAACCUGGCAGUGUGGAGUUCAGAGCAGGACCUUGCAAAUGAUACUGUACAACUGCUAGUAACAUUAGUGGAAAGGAGAGAGCGGGCAAAUUUAGUUAUUCAGUGUGAAAACUGGUGGAAUUUAGCUAAACAAUUUGCAAGGCGAAGCCCCCCUCUUCACUAUUUGUCCAGUUCUGUGCAGAGAACACUAAUGAAAGCUUUAGUUUUAGGAGGUUUUGCUCAUAUGGAUACAGAAACAAAGCAACAAUACUGGACAGAGGUUCUUCAGCCACUUCAGCAGCGAUUCUUGAAUGUGAUAAACCAGGAAAACUUUCAACAGAUCUGUCAGGAGGAAGAAGUGAAACAGGAAAUCACGGCUACAUUAGAAGCACUCUGUGGCAUUGCUGAGGCUACCCAGAUCGAUAACGUAGCAAUUCUCUUCAAUUUCCUAAUGGACUUCCUUAAUAAUUGCAUUGGAUUGAUGGAAGUAUACAAAAACACACCAGAGACUGUUAAUCUCAUAAUAGAAGUCUUUGUUGAAGUUGCACAUAAACAAAUUUGCUAUCUUGGAGAGGCCAAAGCCAUGAACUUGUACGAGGCCUGCCUCACUCUGCUUCAGGUGUAUUCCAAGAAUAAUCUAGGCCGACAACGGAUAGAUGUUACAGCAGAAGAAGACCAGUACCAGGAUCUCCUUCUUAUUAUGGAGCUUCUCACUAAUCUUCUAUCAAAAGAAUUCAUAGAUUUCAGUGAUACAGAUGAAGUAUUCAGAGGACAUGAGCCUGGACAAGCUACAAAUAGAUCUGUAUCAGCAGCAGAUGUUGUCUUGUAUGGGGUUAAUCUAGUUCUACCUCUGAUGUCCCAGGAUCUGCUGAAAUUUCCAUCCCUGUGUAAUCAAUAUUACAAAUUAAUCACUUUCAUCUGUGAGAUAUUCCCUGAGAAAAUUCCACAACUUCCAGAGGACCUCUUUAAGAGCUUAAUGUACUCACUGGAGUUAGGAAUGUCAUCAAUGAGUUCAGACGUUUGUCAGCUCUGCCUGGAGGCUGUAAUACCAUUAGCAGAACAGUGUGCAAAAGCACAAGAAACAGAUUCAACCCUUUUUCUAGCAACAAGGCACUUUCUUAAGAUGGUCUUUGAUAUGCUGGUACUUCAGAAGCACAACACAGAAAUGACAACUCCAGCAUGUGAAGCAUUCUAUACAUUAGUGUGUUUGCAUCAGGCUGAAUAUUCAGAGCUAGUGGAAACAUUGCUAUCAACUCAACAAGACCCAGUAAUUUACCAGCGGUUAGCAGACGCCUUCAACAAGCUUACUGCAAGCAGCACUCCUCCUACACUGGACCGUAAGCAGAAGAUGGCCUUCUUAAAGAGUUUAGAAGAAUUUAUGGCAAAUGUUGGUGGACUUCUCUGUGUAAAAUAAGCAACAAAACUCUAUGCCUAAUUUAGACCCUUUCUGCAAAAUGCACUGAGAAAUGCUGAAUGCUGACUAAAUCUUGUACCUGUCUCUGGGUUCUUUGCAGCCAUCUCAGAUUCUAGAGAGCCUGGAAGUUCGAACAUAACACAACGGAAUAGGAGAGGUCAACUUUGAAUCAGCUUCUGCUAUUACAUGUUAGCUGCAAUCUGUCAUACUUGUAUGUGGGAGAGAAUGAACAGAAAAUUUGAAUUUAAUUUUUUUCCAUAUAUGUGCAAACAGAUAUGGGCACAAUGAAAAAUAGUUUUAGUGCCUUCCCCCCGCACUGAUUUAAGAUAUGAGUGGCCAGAUAAGCAUACAGAUUUCUACCCAAAAUCAUGUUAGAGCGUGAUGCAGAUACAUACAAAGCUCUAAACAGUUUAGCUGAUUUUAAGCUUUAUUUUUCCUCUCUUAAAGUUUGAGUUUGUGUUCCAAUGGGGAAGAAAAACCAAAUGGUAUUUUAACUUGUGUUUAGUUCUGGUUUUCUACAUCAACCUGGCAUUGCAGAUUCAAUGCAAUGCAGGUUUUUACUUUAUGUUCUGCUGCCUAAAGUUCAGAAGAAAAAAGGUGUAUAUUUUUGUUUACCUAAAAUGAACUUUAGGAACUGUAGCCAUUUCGUUGCCUUAAUUUAAAAGGAAAAAAAAAAGCUCAUAUACUUUUAGGUAAGAAAUUUAAGGCAAGAUUUGACUCUGCAGAGUUGGUUUAGGAUGUUGGCAUUAAGCUGCUGUGUACCUGUUGCAGCCCUUCAUGUUGAUGUGUCAUUUUGGAAUGAGUGUCUAAUGCAAGGUUCAUGUGUAGUUUUACUUUCAGUAUCUGCUUUGAUUCAUACCUGGAUUGCAUGCAACUGCAAUGUGUUUCUACACUGAACUGUUUGCUUAAGCAAUAACAACUCAAAAGGUGUAAAUUACUGGCAAACUUUUAAAAGUUGGGGCAUUAGCUAAAACAAUUAUGCUAGAACAGGGGCGUCAAACCCUUUUACUUUUCUGACUCCAGUGAGAAAGGUAAUUGGGAUGUGCAGUGCUGUGGAGAAAUUUGGGUUUGCUGAAUCGAGCUCCACUUCUGCAGAGCCCUCCCAGCUGCUCCGCUCUUGCUCAGUUUUUUAUAUCAGCACUUUAGCUAUUAGGACAGCAGAAUAUAGUGCCCUGAGUAUAGUGGACGAACAAGGGAGAGCAGCACACGAGUACAAAAGCAAGACUUGCUUUGUCUUUAGUCGUGAGCCAGAGAAAACUGAAGCGAACACAAAUGCUGCAUGUCUAGUAAAAUUGAUUUUUGUGGAAAUACAUGGAGGCAGAAGUAAGCCCUUUUGUUUAAGGCCUCUGCUAGAUUAUGCUGUUGAAUAUUUCCCAUGUGUUUUGAAAAUCUAUAUAAAAUCUACAGUAUACACCAUUACAUGGCUACGUAUAGCAUCAUGUUUGCAACUCUGUGCCGUUCUUCAGCUAUUCAUCUCAAAAUGAGUCACUAUAGGCAGAAUUUUACACAAUUGUGUAACACUGUGCUAUAAGUGACCUAAAUCUUUUUUAUUUUUUUUGUUAAAUCCAUACCUGUCUCAAGCAUGGAUCCACAAGGCCAAAAAUGCUAUCUCUUCAUUAUACUUUUCUCUUUUAAUUUAUGUGGAAACUGGGCUAGGACAGAUUUAAAUGUUAAAAAGUGACCGUGAAACAUGUUAGAUAAUGUACCUUCCCAGCUAGUAUUUUGUUUCUAAGAUAAUUUGCAUAGUAUUUUAGAACAGGGGUAUUGCUCUCAGUUUUUUUCUUGGAACUGCAACACUUUUCUUUCAAAGAUUUCUUUGCUGUGCACUUGCACAGAGAUAAUGAUCCUGAUCUCUCUGUUUUUAAACUAUUCUGAUGGCUGAUUUUUUUUAAAAAAUUGCCUGGGUUUUGCUAUGCUUUUGAAACUGCUGCUGGAGUCUCUGAGUUUGUACAUUGGAUAGGGCAGCAGUUCUGAAACCUCAUUUCUUCAGAUGAAGGGCAUUAAAGCCUGGGAACAUAAGCAGCAGUCGGAGCUGCCAGUUUGUCAUUAUGCGCUCGAUGUCAAAAAUCUAGGCCAAAGUCUUGAAAGCAAUCAUAGCAAAUACCUUAAGUUUUUUUGGAUCUGUCUGAAUAACUGAUAUUCUCAGUCAUAAUUUCUUUUAUAACUAGCUCUGUCACUAUCUUUUUUUUUAAUCUUAAAGCUGGCUCACUAUUUAAAAAUAUUUAUUAACUUUAAAAUUUUGAAAUCCUCUUGCAUGUUGUGAUUGAUGAGUGGGAGCACAAACUGAGUUAGUACUCAGGACAAAGUAAUGUGUGUACCCGUUACUUUUAGAAUCGGGCCCAUUGUGUUGUAACAAGCAGAGAUACACAGCAUCUUUGGCUCUUAAGACUUGCUGAAGUAUGGACACUUACUUUCAAAGACUAGUUUUGAAAGUUGCUUAAAACUUUGCCCUUCAUUUAAAAUUAAUAGUAUUUGUUAAAGGGAAACUGUCCUACUAAGGGGUUUUUUUGUAAUUUUCCUGCUUGAUGUUAUUCUAGACAACAUUCUUCCCUUCUUGUUUCUUAUUUUUUUUCCCAUUCUCAUAUAUUGAACAAGCUUUUUUCCAUGCCAUUUUCUCUCUUUUAGAGCAAAUGCUAAGAUGUCUCUGCUUAGUGACAUCCAUGAAAUUGUUGCAAAAGGUUCUGGCAAUAAGUCUUAUUAAUUCAUACUCCUGCUGGCUAGGUGGCUGCUUCUACCUAAACUAUUUGGUUUCUAUAUCCCUUUAAAAAAAAAUCCUUCAGUGAUCUUCUACACAUCCAGUUGCUGUAAAUCUAGAUGCAAAAGCUUAUUCAAUCCGUAGGAAAGAAUCACAGACCAUUUUUAGUGAACAUUGAGAGUUGACUCCUCAUAAGUGUCCUGAAAUGUUCAUGACAUCACUGCAUUGAUUUUUCCAUUCACUGUGCAAAGUGAAUAAUGGCUCUAAAAAAGCACCUGUUUAUUGACAGGGAAAAAAAGGCAACUCGACUGAAUUAUAAAUGCUGCAUGAUAUAAUUGUCACAAAUAUAUUUCUCUAGACUUUUUUUGCUAAAGCAGAUUAUUGCUUCAGUGUUUUCUUUCUGAGACUAGAAAUCAAGUAGCAGCUUUCCCAUUUUGCCAGCUCCUUCCCCAUUGUAGCAGCUGGCUCUAAUGCUGGCAUAAUUUUCUGUUGUUCAGCCUAUAAUUUUUGAUGGCGGUCAUGAAAAUUCAAGACCUUCUUGGAAGCACAGAUACACAUGGACAGGGAGAAGUUGCCUACUUCCACUUUCACAUGCAUUUCUGCCUUAAUUAUCUUCACUGAAUUACUGUCAGAAUCUGCUACUUAUUGCCCAGAGGUUUGUGUUUCACUGUUUAGUGAUAAAGGGCUCACCAUUUUCCUCAGGAACGAGAAACUUGUUUUCUCAGCGUGUCCAAAUCCUACGAGUUGAAAGAGAGGGGUUGCAAUCAGUCAUCUCUUUGAUAGUGCAUAGCACUCGUUGAAGCCCCAGUGUUUACUUGGGUAAAUCCCUUUAUAUGUAAGCCAUGUAGUUCUAGAAAAUAAGCUUGCUUAGAGCAGUCAGUUGUCCAUUUGAAGUCUAAUUCUUUAAAAAGGUAAAGCAAAUUCUAAUCUGUGAUCUGUAAAACUAUUCAAAAAUAUAAAUUGCAGCAUUUCUCUUGUAAAACACUUCAAGUAAUUUCAGUUUGGGUUAAAUAGUUACAUAAGAAUGGGUGUUUUUUUAUGGAAGUAGCUUGAUGAAUAUAAGCGCAGGAGUAGGAGCCAGGCUCUAAUUUUUGUAUCAGUUUUUCCACUGGAUCCUCUGUGGCCAUUGGCAAGAUGCUAGAACUGUGUUGUUAAAAUAGCAGUUAUACCUACCUACCUCACAGGGAUGUUGUGAGGAUUAGCUUAUGCCUAUAAAAUGCAUUGAAGAUCUGAGAUGCUAUGUAAAUACUAAAUUUUAGUUUUGUGAGGUGUAAGUUUUACCGUAAUGAAAACAGAAGAUUUUCGUAAUUAUAAAGCCCAGUAGAGGCAGCAGUGGUACAGUAUUCCCCAAGACUGGUCUACUGCAGUACAGUAAUCCUUGGUGUAAAUUGUAGUUAUUUCAAUUACAGCCAAUUGAAAUGGUGGCUUCUUAAACAAGAUCCCCCACCAGUGUGCCUCAGUUCUGGUCUAAAUGGUGAGAGGACAGUUGCUAGUUAUUCAGGCUUUGUUGCCUCUACUUGUGACAAGUGCCACUUAUGGUGGUAGGGGGUUUGGUUUGGGGUUUUUUACACUUUUCUGCAAGGAUUAAACACCACUUAUUUCUCCCAUAUCUGCUCUAGUCACUCAGUAUAACCAAAGCCUAAGGAUAUCAAUAAAGAGCCACCUCACCCCCCCGGUAAAUUUGCUUUUAAUAUGAGCAGAUUGUGCCCUCUUUGCAGUAAAUGAGAUUAAUGCUUUCCAGCACUGAUCAUGAAGCAAAUCAUGAAGUGUGAUUUGCUCUAGAGCCUUAAGCUCUCGGCUGUCUUAAAAAACCCUUUUUACAACAUGAGAUUUCUUGGGGCCCUAGCAACUGAGAAAUAAGAUAUCCCUGGCUUUCCCUCCUCAGUAAAUUGGAGUAGAUUCUGUUUUUCUAUUUCUGCCUUUUCCCUAUCCUGCUUUUCCUGUCUUUUUAAGCCAUUCUUGUAAAAGAUUUGGAAGACCCUUCCAACCUCAAGGGAAAGAUACUACCCGUGUAAUUUUUUUCCAAUCUAUUGCAGCUUGAUACUUGAAAUGGAUAAAAACCUUUCUAAUAGCAUUCCCCAGCACAUUUCAGGCUCCCAUUGAACCAUUCUAGAGUUUAUAAUUAGGAAAAAAAGGUUAUCCUCUUUUAUGUGUUCCCUUUGUGCAAAAUAAGGAACCUCCAUGCAGUGAACAUGCAGCUUUAAGGCAAUAAAUGCUAAUACUGCUGUUGGUCAAGUGUGUAAAUAUUUUAAAUGUAUAAUUCAGUACCAUGUUGAGUUUAUAUAUUAAAAAUGCAGGGAUUGAAGUGCUAGUUGAUUUCAAGUAUUGUUUUAUCUGUACAGUUGAAGAAAUGAAGUUGCAUAGAACUAUUUCACAAUUUGUUGCAAUAAGACUUGGGAAAUGGUUGUGUGAUCAAGCCUUAUCACAACUGAAUUUUCAAUUUUGAAAUGAACACUUUCUGUAUUUUUAAGAUCCAUAAGCAGGAGGAGGAUAAAAUUGUUUUCCACUAAAGACUUAUUUUGUUUUGGC